AUCUAUCAUCAUCAUUAUCAUCACACAAUAUACAAAUAAAACAAACAGUUUAACGUCAACGAAAAUUAACUUCAUCACCAUCAUCAAGAUCAACAUCCAUCAAAGAUGCGGACUAUAGUGUUUGUUAUUUUAUGCGCUGGCCUUUUAUUAAUUAAUCUAAGUGAUCAAGCAAAUGGAUUCAAGAAGAAGAAAGUUCUGAAAAAGAUUAAGGAUGUUCUACCUUUAAUGUUGGCUUUAAAGCCUAGGAAAAAGAUUCUUUUACUUCCGAUACCCUUUCCAAUGAAAGGAAAAGGUAAAUUGAGUGGAAUGAGUGGAAAUUAUUUAGCUGCAUUACGAAAUAUGAGACCUUUCGGUAAUCUAAUGGACUCUGGCUCAAGUUGGGGAUCAGAAUCAAAUUAUGGAUCAUCAGCAGGUUACAUGAUGAUUCCAGCACCAGUUCAGGCCCCACCGCCACCUCCACCUCCACCACAACCUCAACCAAUCAAAUACAUGAUGGUUCCCAUGCCUAUGCCUGAAUUCACUCCACCACCUCAACCUAUAAUUAAACCAUCAGCACCGAUCAUACAUCAACCCGUUUACAGUCCAAUUGAUCAACUUAAUAAUCAAAUGAUGAAUCAAGCAAUGGACACAUGGAUGAUGAUGGCAGCCAUGGAUUGUUUUGGAAUGGACAAUCAAAUACACUCACAUGGAGAGACAACACCAAACAUUGUGAGUGACAAAAUAAUAUACAGAGAACCAGCAAAGCAAACAUUUUAUCGGAGUCCAGCACAGAUAGUCAGAGAAAUUCCUAGUAAAACUGCCCCACCACCACCACCUCCUCCUCCACCGCCCCCAGCACCCGCUCCUGAACCUGUCGUUCAAACUCCAGUCAUUCAACAAACAUAUACACAACACUAUGAGCCCAUUCAAAGACCUGUAACACAAAAUGAUGAUUCAUCUUUCGAUCACGAACCUGAGCCCAUCAAAGGUGAUAAAAUUAGAGAAUAUCCUUCACCACAGCAACAACCUGUUCAACAACAACAACAACAACAUCACGGUGGUCAAACCUACUUUCCUACAUUAGAUUUUGGGACAGGUAAUAGAUUUGUAGAGCCAAGCAAGACGAGUCGAGCUCCAAUCAAAGGAGGUUAUUAAGUUAAUUUAGUCAAAAUCAAUUAACAGAAUCAACAUUAUCAAAGGUAACUUUUUUUCUCGAAUCAAAAUGUAUAAAAAUAUAUCAUUAAUAACAGCCCAAUAUAGAAACAAGGUAUUUGGUUAUAAAGUGAAUACACAUACAAAUUACAUAAUAAGAAGUAAAAUAUAAACAUAAACAUAA